AUGGCCUCGUUUGUUUGCAGGGUUCAGUUUUUAGAUGACACCGAUCCAUUCAACAGUACAAAUUUCCCUGAACCGACCAGACCACCACAUUACACUUUCAGGGAGGACAUCCCGCUGAUUAACCAAAUCGCCGGGGUGCACAGACUUCUCAGAGCCCCGCACAAGCUUGAUGAUUGUGCACUGCAGUUGUCUCACAAUGGGACAUAUUUGGACCUGGAAUCUUCUCUGGCUGAACAGCGAGAUGAACUGGAGGGGUUUCAGCAGGAGGACUCUGGAGGGAGAGGCAAGAAGCACAGUGUGAUUCUGCGCACCCAGCUGUCCGUCCGUGUCCAUGCCUGUAUUGAGAAGCUGUACAACUCAAAUGGACGAGACCUGAGAAGAGCAUUGUUCUCACUCAAGCAGAUAUUUCAGGAUGAUAAGGAUCUGGUGCAUGAGUUUGUCAUGGCAGAGGGCCUAACCUGUCUCAUUAAAGUGGGAGCGGAGGCCGACCAGAACUAUCAGAACUACAUCCUCAGGGCCCUGGGCCAGAUCAUGCUGUAUGUGGACGGAAUGAAUGGAGUCAUUGGUCACAUUGAAACCAUCCAGUGGCUGUACACUCUCAUUGGUUCAAAGUUUCGUCUGGUGGUGAAGACUGCUCUGAAGCUGCUUCUGGUGUUUGUGGAGUAUUCUGAGUCUAAUGCUCCCCUGCUCAUCCAGGCCAUCAACACAGUCGAUACAAAGAGAGGCCACAAACAGUGGUCAAAUGCCAUGGAGAUCCUGGAUGAGAAAGACGGUGUAGACACAGAGCUGCUGGUUUAUGCCAUGACCCUCAUCAACAAGACUCUUGCAGCUCUGCCUGAUCAGGACUCCUUCUAUGACAUGGUGGACUGUUUGGAGGAGCAGGGCAUGGAGGCUGUAUCCCGCAGACAUUUGGGGAGAAAAGGCACUGACCUGGACCUGGUGGAGCAGCUCAACAUUUACGAGGCAACCUUGAGGCAUGAGGAUGGAGACGAUGACAGUCAAGUCCCUGUAUCUGGCCGGAGAGAUCGGAGACACUCCAGUCAUGGAGCCAACGGUGAGAAGCGUGGCCUGGAGAGAAGACGCAGUAGGAGACACUCUCUGGGUCGAACGGCACCCAACACCCCCCUCAGCCCUGCUUCCCUGCACCUGUCAGGCUUCCAACCAUUCAACGGCCAGAGGUCUGAAGAUCUGAGUGAAAGUCUUUCUUUUGGAAGUCAUCACCAUGUCAUGUCCACCAUACCAAGCAUUCCUACUCUCUCACUCUCUGUUUCUCUCCCUCCCUCUCUCUCUCUCUCUCUCUCUCUCUCUCUUUCUCUCCCUCUCUCUCUUUCUCUCCUUUUCAGGCCUGCUCUUGGAGGUCUGCUGUCCUCGUCGUACCGACAGCAUCAGGAGUCUCUGGCAGCUGAGAGGGAGAGGCGACGGAUAGAAAGGGAGGAACGAUUGCAGAGGAUAGAGAGAGAGGAGAGAAACCGUCACAGCCGGGACUAUGUGGACAAAAUGGAGGAGGCUAGACAUGCUCGUGAAGAAAGGUAUAAACACGUGGAGAGGCUAGCGGCGGAGGAGUACGAGCGGGAGCGUGUGCGCGCCGGCCCCAGAGCCCUCAGUCUCACUUUGAGCCCCUCUGACACCUGUCAAUCAUCACGGAGCGAAACCCCAUCCUCCAUAACAUCACAGGAAGAUCAGGACACCCCUGUCACACCCUCUGGAUCAGUGGAUUCCAGUGGUAGUCCAGAGCCUGAGGAAAAAGAGUCCGAACCUCCUGAGGAAGUAGGUGAAGUUGAGGAGCAAAUUGGCGAAGGAGAGGCAGAACCAUCAGAAGAAGCUGAAAGCCCUGACCAGGAGGUUCUGGAAGGUGAGGUAGAGGACAGUGGAAUCUUAAGUGACAAGGAACGACAGAAUGAAGAAGUGAAUGAAAAGGACAACUGUUCAGCCUCUAGCAUCUCUUCAGCCAGCAGCACCUUAGAAAGAGAAGAGAGACUGAAUGCUGGAAGUAGUGAGACAGGCCAGUGGGCCCAGAAUGCCAAAGAGGUGGACGUGAAUGAACAAUGCAGCAAGAUCCUCAACAGCAAGCUUUUCAUGUUGGAUAUGCUGUAUGCCCAGAACAAGAAGCCCGCUGAAGAGGAGGAAGAGGAGGAAGAGGGGGAGGAGAAAGAUAAAGAAAGAGACGAGAAGGACGAAGCAGAGGAUUCGUCCAUUACCAGCCAGGCAGAGAGCUCCUCUAACCUGGAGACCAACCAGGUAGCCAUGGAGGACGGCACCGGGCACAAAACCGACGCGGAGAAGAAACCAGAGAACCAGGGAACCGUGCGAGCCUUUGCGGAGAGAUUUGGUGACCUGGUCAAGGGCCUGGGCUCUCCUCCACUGGAGACACCGCACACACCUGAGAAGCAACCCCCACCACAGCCUGAAAAACCCCCCAAGAAGGAGUCGGACUACAUCUGGGACCAGCUGAUGGCCAGCCCGAGAGAGCUACGCAUUGGUGACAUAGACUUCACCGAUCUGGGUGAGGAGGACGACCAGGACAUUCUGGAUUCUGGAAGUCUGAUGGGCUCAGGAGAUCCUCUCCCACCUCCUCCUCCACCACCUUGCCCUCUUAACUUGCCCCCACCACCACCUCUCUUUGGCUGCCCUCCUCCUCCACCCAUGCUAGGCUUGACCAAAUUUCCCCCGCCUCCUCCCUUCUCUGCCCCGGCACCCCCUCCGCCUCAGAACCACGCAAAUUCUCCUCAGUCGGGCCGUGGGGAGCCGCCACUAUUCCAGAAGAAGAAGAAGACCAUUCGGCUGUUCUGGAGCGAGGUUCGACCGGUCGACUGGCAGUACCAGAGCCACAAGCGCUGUCACGAGUCACUGUGGUCCAGACUCGAGCCUGUCAAGUUGGACACAGCCAAACUGGAGCACCUCUUUGAGUCCAAGUCUAAGGAAAUGCCUGUCACUAAGAAAACAGGAGCGGAUGGAAAACGUCAGGAGAUCAUCGUUCUGGACUCCAAAAGGAGCAAUGCCAUCAACAUCGGCCUUACUGUCCUCCCCCCACCCCGCACCAUUAAAACUGCCAUCCUCAACUUUGACGAGUAUGCCUUGAACAAGGAGGGUAUUGAGAAAAUCCUAACCAUGAUCCCCUCAGAGGAGGAGAAGCAGAAGAUUCAGGAGGCUCAGCUGGCUAAUCCAGACAUCCCUCUGGGCAGUGCGGAGCAGUUCCUCCUCACUCUCUCCUCCAUCAGUGAGCUCUCUGCACGCCUGCAGCUUUGGGCCUUCAAAAUGGACUACGAGGCCACAGAGAAGGAAGUAGCAGAGCCGCUACAGGAUCUGAAGGAGGGGAUGGACCAGUUGGAGAAGAACAAGACACUGCGCUACAUCCUCUCCACGUUGCUCGCCGUCGGCAACUUCCUGAACGGAUCCAACGCUAAAGCUUUUGAGCUGAGUUACUUGGAGAAGGUUCCAGAGGUGAAGGACACAGUACACAAACAGUCCUUGCUUCACCAUGUUUGCAGUAUCGUUGUGGAGAAUUUCCCUGAAGGUACAGACUUAUACUCAGAGAUUGGAGCCAUCACACGCUCAGCCAAGGUGGACUUUGACCAGCUGCAGGAGAAUCUCAAUCAGAUGGAGCGGCGCUGCAAAGCAUCAUGGGACCAUCUCAAGGUCAUUGCCAAACAUGAGAUGAAGCCAGUGUUGAAGCAGAAGAUGUCAGACUUCCUGAAGGACUGCGCAGAGAGGAUCAUCAUCCUAAAGAUAGUCCAUCGCAGAAUCAUGAACAGGUUUCAUGCAUUCUUACUGUUCCUGGGUCAGCCAGCCUACAGCGUGCGGGAGAUCAGCGUGAAUCGUUUCAGCAAAAUCAUCAGCGAGUUUGCUCUGGAGUACCGUACGACGAGGGACCGCGUUCUCCAGCAGAAACAGAAAAGAGCCGAUCACCGCGAGAGGAACAAGACCCGUGGAAAGAUGAUCAUGGAUGGUGGGAAGCUUGCAGGGAGCAGUAGCCAGGCCGGGGCUCAGGAGAGCCAGCCCCAGGGCCUUGGUCAUGCUGAAGAUGCUGCAGAGCAUGAGCACAUGAAGGCCGUCCUGAAGAGCAGCCUGCAGGGCGGAGACGCAGACACGGCCAUGGUGCCUGGCUUACGAACCCGCACGCGCACCAGGGCUAGUCGAGGUAAGCGCUUCUCAUGGACAGCAGCCAACGAAGAAUCGCAGGUCAUCACGGACGACGCUGCGGACGAGAUCAUGGAGCGAAUCGUGAGGUCAGCCACCCAGGGCCCCAGUCAGAGGGCCCAGCCACGAGAGAGGAGGAGAUCACGCGCCAACCGCAAAUCACUGAGGCGGACAUUGAAGGGUGGUCUGACUCCUGAGGAGGCACAGGCUCUUGGAUUGGACGGGCCGGAGAUGCAUGUGUGA